GCCCCGUCCGGGAGCGGCCGUGCCCCCCCCCCCGCCGCCCCGCCGCCGCGCACAGCCGCAGACACGGGCGGCCGCGGCGGCAGCCGGCAGCUCGCAUGCAGCCGGGGAUUACAGUGGGGCGAGGGCACCGCGGGGUCGGCUUUUAUCUCCCCCUCUCCUCCCGCGGUCCCCCCCCCCCCCCCUCUCCGCCCGCCACCCCAGCCGCUCGCCGCGCUGCUUGCUCGGCGGCUUUCCAUCUCCGGGGGUAGGAGGGAGAUGCCUUUGCCGUGGUGUUUCCACCCCCGGUCCUUUCCGUGCUGGGGGGGGCGGUGAUGUGGAGCCGGGAAUGUAGAACAAAAUCCUCCCCGGUAAGGAGCGACCAAAACAAACCUCUCGCCGUGGCUUUGGCGGCCGCGCUGUGCUCGGGGAAGCCCGCGCAGCCCCUGCCAGCGCCGGGGAAUCCCUCCUCCAGCCCCCGGCGGUGCCCCGGCCGCCCGCAGAGCAAGCUUCAGGGAUGGAGCUGUCUGUCUGAAGAGGACUCUGCCCAAAUACUUGUAGUCUCCAAGCUCAUUCUCCUAAAGACUCUGGUGUCACAACUACACCUUUUUCAGAAUGGCUGAGAAGGCCCCACCUGGGAUCAACAAAAAGUCUUCAAGGUCCACCCUUUCUCUGCCUCCAGAACCAGUGGAGAUCAUUAGGAGCAAAGCCUGCUCGCGGAGAGUUAAAAUAAACGUUGGUGGGCUCAACCAUGAAGUGCUGUGGAGGACUUUGGACAGACUUCCAAGGACACGAUUAGGAAAGCUCAGAGACUGCAAUACUCACGAAUCUCUGCUAGAAGUAUGUGAUGACUAUAAUCUAAAUGAAAAUGAAUAUUUUUUUGAUCGACACCCAGGGGCUUUCACUUCCAUUUUGAAUUUCUACAGGACAGGAAAACUACAUAUGAUGGAAGAAAUGUGUGCUCUUUCUUUUGGCCAGGAGCUUGAUUACUGGGGGAUUGAUGAGAUAUAUUUAGAAUCUUGCUGCCAGGCAAGGUACCAUCAAAAGAAAGAGCAGAUGAAUGAGGAGCUGAGGAGAGAGGCCGAAACAAUGCGGGAGAGAGAAGGGGAAGAGUUUGAUAAUACCUGCUGCCCAGAGAAGAGGAAGAAGCUCUGGGACUUGCUGGAAAAACCCAACUCAUCUGUGGCAGCAAAGAUUUUGGCCAUUGUGUCCAUUCUGUUCAUCGUACUGUCCACUAUUGCUUUGUCUCUUAACACGCUGCCAGAGCUUCAAGAAAUAGAUGAAUUUGGGCAGCCAAAUGACAACCCUCAGCUAGCACACGUUGAAGCUGUGUGUAUUGCUUGGUUUACCAUGGAGUAUCUUUUGCGUUUUCUGUCCUCACCAAAUAAGUGGAAGUUCUUCAAAGGCCCAUUAAAUGUCAUUGACUUACUGGCUAUCUUGCCAUAUUAUGUCACCAUUUUCCUCACGGAGUCCAAUAAAAGUGUCCUGCAGUUCCAAAACGUUAGACGUGUGGUUCAGAUAUUUCGUAUUAUGAGGAUCCUAAGGAUUCUUAAGCUCGCCAGACAUUCAACAGGCCUUCAGUCCUUAGGUUUUACGCUGAGGCGGAGUUACAAUGAAUUGGGCUUGCUGAUAUUAUUUUUAGCCAUGGGAAUAAUGAUAUUUUCGAGUCUUGUAUUCUUUGCUGAAAAGGAUGAGGAUGCUACAAAAUUCACCAGUAUCCCUGCAUCAUUCUGGUGGGCAACAAUCACUAUGACUACUGUAGGAUAUGGUGACAUUUAUCCUAAGACGUUAUUAGGUAAAAUAGUUGGAGGACUUUGCUGUAUUGCUGGAGUGCUGGUCAUAGCCCUGCCCAUACCAAUUAUCGUGAACAAUUUCUCAGAGUUUUAUAAGGAGCAGAAAAGACAGGAGAAGGCAAUUAAGAGGAGAGAAGCACUUGAGCGAGCUAAAAGAAAUGGCAGUAUUGUCUCCAUGAACCUGAAAGAUGCCUUUGCUCGCAGUAUGGAAAUGAUAGAUGUAGCAGUAGAUUCAGGUAAGCCUGGAGAAGCAGUCAAUCAAAAGGAGACACCUGAUGACAACCACCUGUCCCCAAGCAGGUGGAAAUGGGCCAGAAGGACAAUGUCUGAAACAAGCUCAAACAAGUCUUACGAGAACAAAUACCAAGAAGUUAGUCAGCAGGACUCCAACGAGCAAUUAAACAACACCGCAGCAUCCUCCAGCCCGCAGCACCUCAGUGCCCAAAAACUGGAGAUGUUGUAUAAUGAAAUUACCAAAUCUCAGUCUCAGACUAAUCUUAAUGCUGGUUACCAAGACCAGUCAGCAAAGCCACCUGGGUAUGAAGAAGAAAUAGAAAUGGAAGAAGUUAGAGGUCAGAGAGAUCCGUUGUCAGCUGGACCUACAGACAUUGUAAUGGACAUGAGAAGCACAUCCAGUAUUGACAGUUUUGCCAGUUGUGCAACUGACUUCACGGAAACAGAAAGGUCUCCCCUUUCUCUGUUUCCUGUUUCUCACUUGCAAAUGAGAUUUCCAGCUGAUUCUGUUAACCUGGAGGACAACCAAAGAGUAAGGAGUUCUCAGUUUAUACCAUUCACAAAAGACAGAAUGUUUUCUCCAACCGAUGUCACCUUUGACUAUAAUCCAAUCAACAGAGCUGUUACCAGUGAUAGCAGUGGGUCCCAAACUGUUUUGCAUGGCCAUUUGCAUUUUGACACUCCCAUGGAAAGCCCCAAAAGUUCCCUGAAAGGUAGCAACCCAUUAAAAUCUAGAUCCCUUAAAGUUAAUUUUAAAGACAAUAGAGGUGGUGCUCCACAAACUCCACCAAGCACUGCAAGGCCACUGCCAGUAACAGCAGGAGCAGACUUCACACAGGUCACCCCUCAGCACAUCAGCACCAUUCUCCUAGAAGAAAAUUCACCCCAAGGUGAACAACCUUUACUUGGUGCUGACACAUCAGCACUUUGUCAGGGACCUGCUAAAAAAUCAUCUCCCCUCUUUCCCAAAAAAAAGAUAUUCACUUUCCCUUCAAAAGAGAGGAGAAGCUUCACUGAAAUAGACACUGGAGAAGAAGAAGAGUUUAUGGAAUUACAUGGUAUGGAACAUGAAAAACAACAGGAUAUCAAGACAAAUUGCUGUGGUGAUAAGCAGAGUGAUGGUAACCAUUUAGCAGAGGAGCCACAGGUCAGCUCUUCACCCAAAAGCAUGAGCCACAACUGUACUCAAGACAUUUACCAUGCUGUGGGUGAGGUAAAGCAAGACAGUAACCAAGAAGGUCACAAAAUGGAAAACCAUUUAUUUGCCCCAGAAAUUCAUUCAAGUCCAGGAGAAACUGGUUACUGUCCCACACGCGAAACUAGCAUGUGACUAGUUACAAAAGCAAUAAAAAUACCUUUUCUUUAAAAAGUUAGUAAUGCCUAUUAACUAAAACAUGGAAAGCCUCAAAAAAGUGCAUAAAAUGUUAUUUUUGCAUGGCAUGAAGAGUUGUUUAGUUUAAAUACUGUUUACUUAAAAAUGGGGACUGCUUUUUGUAACAAACUGAAAAAAAACAGGAAAAAAAAUGACUCAAGAACAGUGAAUACAAUAAAGAGAGCUCUGUUAGGAGCCAGUGUUCUGCAACAUAUGACAUUUUUGAUCCUUUCACUCAUGAUUGUAGACAGAUUUUGAACUCUUUUAACUUUAUUUUGUUUUUUUGGUUUCAAUGAAUUUUAGAAUUUGCACAUGAAAGGAUGAAAUGUCAAUGCAUGCACUCAUAAAGAUGUGAAACAAGGUGCUUUGAGCUUGCAAAAUGCAUAUAUUUGUAAAUAGUUUGGGGUUGGGGGGAAAGCUACUGUUAACAAGGAUUCAUGGAAAAAAGAAUUUCCUGGGACACAGGUACUUCCUUCACAGCGUGCUGCCUGGAGGUUUUGUACAGACUUAUGUUGCAAAAUUGCAACUUCUACUUAAAGCAUCUCACGUAUCUUGCUUUCUGUUAAAAAGCUCAUGAGUGUAUCUGUUAAUUAAGGACUACAGUAUUUUAGUUUAUCUGUGCUGUAAAUCAUGAUUACUUUUUUUAUUUGCAUAACCUUAGUUGCAUUUGUCAGUUUAAUUAAUGAUCCUAUGAGGAAAAGCAAAGAUUUAAUGACCAGAACUUAAAGCAUUUGAUAUUUUUACAGAAAACUGCCAACAUUUCAUAACUAAGAAAAAAGAUGUUCCGUUUUAAAAUAUAAGAAACAUAGUUACUUCUGUGGCAAUAAAUAGUGCCAAAUGGCUAUACAGACAUAUUCAAAAGUUCUCAAUCUCUUAGAAUAUUUCUAUUAACUUGGUCUUAAAAAA